UACACAGACGCCACACCAGUCCUUCACAGGCAGAGGGUCAGAGAGAAACGGACGAGAGCCAAACUCCGCCAUAGCCCGACGUCGAACGCCGCCGCCAACGCCAAAGGCAGCCGAUCCGCCGCGAGGCAUUCAAGGUAAAUCGCUACUGUUCCGCCUUCUUGCCGCCAUUUUAUCAAGGUAAAACCUCCAUCCCUCCAUUUCAGUAUUUUUAUUCGUUGGAUUUGUUUUAUCAAGCUAAAUACUCUUUAUUUCUUUUUUAGACAAUUACGAAGUAUCAAUUAUGAUUUCCUGAUAUGUGAUCUGUGGAUAUGUGAACUUUGAACUUGUGAUUAGGUUAAUUUU